GCAGCGGCAGCAGUCGCCCCUCCCCAAAACGCCAUUCCUGCCCUGCACUUGCACGGCGAACACACGCGCGCGCAGCCGCGCACCACGAGAUCACAGAGAGCGUCCAGAGUUGGAAGCAGGGGAGGAGCAAUGGGGAGGGCUCCGUGCUGCGAGAAGAUGGGGCUCAAGAAGGGGCCAUGGACGCCCGAGGAGGACAAGGUCCUCGUCGCCCACAUCCAGCGCCACGGCCACGGCAACUGGCGCGCGCUGCCCAAGCAAGCCGGGCUGCUGCGUUGCGGCAAGAGCUGCCGUCUCCGGUGGAUCAACUACCUCCGUCCUGACAUCAAGCGCGGCAACUUCUCCAGGGAGGAGGAGGACGCCAUCAUCCAGCUCCAUGAGCUGCUUGGCAACAGGUGGUCCGCGAUCGCCGCCAGGUUACCCGGGAGGACGGACAACGAGAUCAAGAACGUGUGGCACACCCACCUCAAGAAGCGCCUCGAGGCGCCGGAGCAGGGCCGCCACGACGCGGCGGGCGGCGGCAAGAAGCACAAGAAGCCGAGGAGCGAGAAGAAGCCGGCCGCCGCCGCGGCGGCGCCGGCGUCGCCCGAGCGGUCCGCCUCGUCGUCGGUGACGGAGUCCUCGAUGGCAUCGUCGGUGGCGGAGGAGCACGGCAACGCCGGGAUCAGCUCCGCGUCCGCGUCCAUGUCCGUGUCCGCCAAGGAGGAGAGCUCCUUCACCUCGGCCUCGGAGGAGUUUCAGAUCGACGAGAGCUUCUGGUCGGAGACGCUGUCGAUGCCGCUGGACGGCUACGACGUCUCCAUGGAGCCCGGCGACGCGUUCGCCGCGCCGUCCUCCGCCGAGGACAUGGACUACUGGCUCAAAGUGUUCAUGGAGGCCGGCGAAGUCGAAGACUUGCCGCAGAUCUAGAGAAAGAGAGAAUUUUACCGUUUCUUUGGCUAAUUGAUUUGUUCUUUCUCUCUCUCUCUCUGCCAUCUUGCACCGGAGGGACAUAGCUAACAGACAGUGUCCACCAUGAGCGAAUCAUCAAGCAGGAAGAACGCGAAUCAUGCGAUGCGAUGCGAUGUGAUGAGACGAGAUGCACCCAGUAGCUUUGAUAGAACUCUUCCUUUUAAUUACCUUCUUGUAUGUAUAGAAAACAGAAGAAGAGAUCAGUGAUCGAAACCCGGAGAUCCUUUUCUCACAACGUGCAAACCCUGGUCAGCUGGUGUACUACGUGUAAUGGGCUCUGCGCUUCUCAUUUGAUUAAUUAAAUUCAACUUGCACGCUAA